AUGUUUCUGUCAGACAUAAAUUUGAGGUUUUGUUUGAGCAGAAUUGGGAUUUUCAUAAACACUAGAGGGAAUUCAAAGCUGUUUAUCUACCAAAAUCAUACAUUCAGGUUUAUGUACAAGAAGGCAUAUGGGAGUCAGCUCUGGUACUGUUGGUUCUUCUUUAGCCGAUGCUGUCCAGCUAAACUGAGGAUCGAUAAUUCUGGCAAAGUGACAGAGUGCAUUGGAUGUCAUAAUCAUGACCCACCCACAUGUUGGAUGACACCAGAUGGAAAGAGCUACAGAGAAGAUUUAGUGCAGUGUGUGCCUACGAAAAAGGGUCAUCAAAUCCUUUACAAGGGCUACACAUAUACUUUCAAAAGCCGCUUGCAGUGUGGAGCCGAACAGUGGUGCUGUUCAUACAGACAGAAAACAGGAUGUAUAUCGUUGAUAAACAUGCAGACUUAUGGUGUAGAAGUGCUCAGAGAUUUCCAUAACCACAAAAAGCCUUUGUUCUCAGAUUAGCGCUAUGAAAAGUUUAAAUUUUGUGCAAUUAAGGUCUAUUUCAAUCUUUGGGAGAUUGUGACUUAGUGUCUUUCAUAAUAAAGACUUAGUGAUGUUAUAAUAUUGUAUUAGUAAUGCUUGCAUUGUCAUUCGAACGGAAUCAAUUAGUUAUUAGCAUGGGCGUACCCAGGUAGGGGCAGGGGGGGGCAG